CGCAGUUUUUCGACACGUACAGCUCAAACACAAUUGGAUCCGCCUGACAUACAACACCUGAGUUGACCUGAGUUGAUAAUUAUAAUUUAAUAUUAAACAAAUUAAUUGAUUAUUCAAAAUGCCUCUUCAUCCACAUACCAAGGAAAAUAUUGUUGCUGCAAAUGAUGCAUUCACAUCCAUCAAAGAAAAUCUAUCACCAAAAAAAAAAUCAACACCUGAAUCAUCACCAAGCAAAAAAAUUCGUAUGUCACCAAAAAAAAAUGCUGAAGGAUUGGAUAGCUUGAAGAAAGCUGUUCGUAAUCUUGGACUACAAGACAUUGCCAGUGCAUCUGAUAAAUCAUCACAAUUGAGCAAAUUUGACCCACAAAAAGAGCCAUUGUUAAGAGAAAAUCCAAGAAGAUUUGUCAUGUUUCCAAUUGAAUAUGAUGACAUUUGGAACAUGUAUAAAAAAGCUGAAGCUAGUUUUUGGACAGUUGAAGAAGUUGAUUUAUCAAAAGACAUGACUGACUGGAUAAAGCUAAAUGACAAUGAACGUCAUUUUAUAUCUCAUGUAUUGGCAUUUUUUGCAGCAUCAGAUGGUAUUGUCAAUGAAAAUUUAGUUGAAAGAUUCAGUCAAGAAGUACAAGUUACAGAGGCACGUUGUUUUUAUGGUUUUCAAGUUGCUAUUGAAAAUGUACACUCUGAAAUGUAUUCAUUAUUAAUUGACACAUACAUUAGAAGUCCAGAUGAAAAAGAAUUUUUAUUUAAUGCAAUUGAAAAUUUACCAUGUGUUAAAAAAAAGGCUGAUUGGGCAUUAAAUUGGAUUGGUAAUGAUUCAGCAACAUUUCCAGAAAGAGUUGUUGCAUUUGCUGCUGUUGAAGGUAUUUUUUUUAGUGGUAGUUUUGCAUCAAUAUUUUGGUUAAAAAAAAGAGGAUUAAUGCCAGGCUUGACAUUCAGCAAUGAAAUGAUUUCAAGAGACGAGGGUCUUCAUUGUGACUUUGCAUGUUUGAUGUUUAAACAUAUUAUUCAAAAACCUUCUGUUGAACGUGUCACGACAAUCAUCAAGGAUGCUGUUGAAAUUGAAAAAGAAUUUUUAACAGAUGCAUUGCCAGUUGCUUUGCUUGGUAUGAAUUGUACAUUGAUGUGUCGUUACAUUGAAUAUGUUGCUGAUAGAUUACUACUUGAACUUGGCUGUCAAAAGAUAUACCAUGCUGAUAAUCCAUUUGACUUUAUGGAAAAUAUUUCAUUGGAAGGCAAGACAAACUUUUUCGAAAAGAAAGUUGGCGAAUAUCAAAAAUGGGGUGUUAUGAAUUCUGGUGACACCAACACAUUUAGACUUGAUGCUGACUUUUAA